AUGGGGAAAACUCAAAUUGAACUCCUAACUCCAUAUAAUUAUGAAACAUGGAAAAAAUCAGUAUGGAAUUUUCUAAGGGAAAAAGGUUGCACUAGCUAUGUGAAAGAAUCUAUUCCUGCACCUAUUGAUGCUAACGCUCUUCAAGCAUGGGAGAUCAAUCGUGAGAGAGCUCUUGGUUACAUUUGUUCACUAGUCUCUUUUGAUUUACAAUUUCAUCUUGAAUCAUGCAAGACACGUAAGGAGGCUUGGGAGACUAUUGAAAAUUUGGUUUCUAUGGGAACUGCAUAUGUUCAGCCCACUUUUGAUGCAUUUUUAGAUCUUCUAAUCCAAGAGGAAGCGAAGCUCAUUCAAAUGGGCAUCAUCAAGACUUCCAAGUCACAAGCAUUGAUUGCUAAUGAACCCAAGGCAUCUAGUGUGGACACUUUUGAGGAUAUUCAAUAUGGUCAAGUGAUUCUUGGUAUUGUUUUAAUUGAGGUUCAAGAGACAUGUGUUGAUACUUCAUCUCCUACAUUGUCUGUUGUUUCUGAUGAUACUGGAACUGCUACAUCCAUGGCUCCUAUUGUUUCAGUUCAGCAAGACAUUCAUUGUCUUCCAGACACAGUUACUUGGAAUGAUUACUUGACAGACAUUGCAGGUUUGUUUUGUGAGUCCUAUCUUGCCGACUUGGAGGACACUAUUGAGUGCAUACAUCUUCUCUUUGAUGAAGUUUCUUCGUCUUCUUCAGAUGUUGAGGGGGAACCUUUCAACCCUCUUGUUCUUUACCCACAUGAUCAUUCCUCACAACUUGACAUGACUGUGGCCACUAUUGAGCAGCAUUUGGAGGAGACACCUUUGUCUUCAGAGGAGAUACCUUUGUCUCUGGAUUUUUUUCUACAUCCAUCUCAACUAGGUUCUGGAUUGUCAUCUUUUGUAGUGUGGGCUAGAACGCUUGAUUUGAAUGUGACAACUUUCGGCAUUGACAUGGAGACAAAUGAGCAGCCGCGAACAACCACCUUAUAUUAUGAAGUUAAUGUCAUACCAAGAUUCAAUUUUCCUGCAAUAUUUGUGGAAAGAGUAAUCAGGAAAGAUCUUCCUCUAAAUCUUCAAUCUGUUGCUGCUAGAGCUGAAGCCAAAUCUAAAGCACUUUCUAAGGAAGUCAAGUCACUUUGUCAUGAAAUAGAUCACACACUGGAAUCUGCUGAAGUUCAGGAGAACCAAUCAAUCAGUACACUGGAAAAUUUAUGUAGAAUUAGCAUAAAUGACCUUGCUAAUGCUUGGAAUAAUUGGGUCACAAGUGGACAAACGUGUAGUCUAGAUAGACCUUGUGUUGUUGAUGAAGUUCAUCUUCGAAGACUUGAUGAUUUGCUUGAAAAUGGAGGUGUACAUCGCAGGGUUAUUGCCACUAUAACUAUAAAGGCACCCUCUCAAAGUGUCUGGAAGGUUUUGACAGCAUAUGAGAGCUUACCUGAAUUUGUUCCGAACUUAGCUAUCAGCAAGAUCAUUUCCAGAGAGAAUAAUAAAGUGUGCCUUCUUCAGGAAGGUUGCAAAGGUCUUUUAUACAUGGUUCUACAUGCACGAAUUGUACUAGACCUGUGGGAACAUCCUGAGCAUGAAAUCCUUUUUGAGCAAGUUGAAGGAGAUUUUGAUUCAUUUCGAGGGAACUGGAUUCUUGAGCAGCUGGGAAGUCAACAUACACUACUCAAGUAUGUUGUAGAAACAAAAAUGCAAAAAAAUUGCUUGCUUGCAGAAGCCAUAGUAGAAGAGGUUAUCUAUAAAGAUCUUCCAUCAAAUUUGUGUGCCCUCCGUGAUCACGUAGAAAACAAGGAGACUGCUGAUCUGAAUUUCCCAGCAAGAGUCCCUUAUACAAAAUCACCAAAAGCCCAAAAUAUCCAUGUGGAUACUGAAGAUUUGAAUUUAAAGAAAAGGCAAGGAACAAUCAAGGGAUUAAAGGUAUCUGAGGACAAGCCUACGGAACAUAGGUCAAAAGUACCGGGUCUUCAGACAAACAUGGAUAUACUGAAAGAAGAACUUUAUAAGUUCAUUUCAGAUCAUGGACAAGAAGGUUUCAUGCCUCUGAGAAAGCAUCUCCGUUUACAUGGCCGUGCAGAUCUCGAGAAAGCCAUUACUCGUAUGGGUGGUUUCAGAAUUAUUGCAUCUCUUAUGAAUCUCUCACUUUCUUACAAGGACAGGAAACCUAAGGGUUAUUGGGAUAGCUUAGAAAAUCUGAAGCAGGAAGUCAGUCAUUUCCAAAGGACAUGGGGCAUGGAUCCAACUUAUAUGCCUAGCAGAAAGUCUUUUGAGAGGGCUGGACGUUAUGAUUUAGCUCGAGCAUUUGAGAAGUGGGGAGGUGUACAUGAAAUUUCUCGCUUGCUUAAGUUAAAACUUCGUCGUCCUCGAGAAUCGAUGUCCCCUCUUGGUCAAGAGGAGGAGGAUGAGGAUGAUGAGGAUGAUGAUCUCUUUAGAUCUAAUAUGCAAUGUCAAAGCAUGCUUGGCAUUCAUCCAAAUAAUAAUAACAAUAGUAGCAGUAGCAGUAGCAGCAGCAGCAGCAAUGGUAAUUCAAAGAAAUGGCUUGCGGCUCUAGAUGAGUCAAAUCCAAAUUGGGCAGGUUAACAAGGUAUCUACGAUGCAAUGAAAAAAUUGCUUAUUUUAGCUAUAUAUUAAAGUCCAGCAGUUUUCAUUGUAGCUCCUUUUCAUUCUUUCCAUUCAAUCUAAUAAAAAAAUGUUCAUGCAAAAAAAAAAAA